UGUGACAUUUACUUGCAUAGGCACAGACAGUGGCACAUGAACUAAGGUUAAAAUUUUAGAUAGGUAUACUUCGUUUUCCUAAAAUAAAAUGCAAGAAAAACGUCCUAUAAAUAAAGGAACACUUUUCCAGUUGUUUGCAGCUGUCAUUGCCAAUUUAAUGGCCAUCUCAGAUGGAAUGACUGUAGGGUGGACUUCGCCAAUGAUACCGUAUUUCCUCAGUGAAAAAAGUCACAUAAAAAUUACUAAACAUGAAGCGGAGUGGUUAGAAACCUGGCUAUUAAUCGGAUCAAUUGCUGGUCUAGUACCAACAAUUUAUGCCGUCAACAAGAAAGGUCGGAAGGUGUCUCUACUUCUAGCAUCGUUCGCUUUGCUGGUCUCUUGGGUUAUAAUAGCUUUAGUUAACAAAAUAGAAUACAUCUACGUUGCAAGAAUCAUUAGCGGUAUGGGAGGUGACAUGGCUUUUGUAGCUGCUCCAAUGUAUAUAGCGGAAAUAGCCGACCAACGUAUCAGAGGGUUUCUGUCUAGUGUCAUCUACCUCAUGAUGUUGACUGGAGUUUUGUUGAUAUACAUCGUAGGACCGUUCCUCCCUUUUUACUUUCCUUCAUUGCUGGGUGUUAUUCUACUGUCCAUAGAAUUAAUUGUGUUUUCUUUAUUGCCAGAAACUCCAUAUUAUUUGAUUUCCAAAGGUAAACAUGAAGAAGCAAAACGUUCUCUUCAGAAAUUUAGAUCCACAGAUGAUGUAGCAUCAGAACUCAAGGAGAUCAGCUCAGCAAUUGAGAAACAAAUGGCAGAGAAAGGAAGAAUCCAAGAUAUCGUACUGAUAAAAAAUAAUCGGAAAGCUAUGCUGAUAAUGACAGUACUGAAUGCAGCACAGCAACUGAGCAGUAUUAACGUGAUCCUGAUGAAUAUGCACACUAUUUUAGAAGCAGCAGGUUCCAUUUAUAUGGAGUCAUCUAGUGCUGCCAUCUUGUUCGCUGCGCUUAUGCUGUCGGCAGCAACGACAGCUUCCUUCUUCAUCGACAAAUUUGGACGCAAAAAGCUUUUAAUAAUCUCUUCAGUACUCACCGGCUUCUGUUUACUUAGCUUAGCAAUAUACUUCAACCUUCAGUACAUAGGUUACAAUGUAUCCAGCAUUAGCUGGAUACCAAUAGCAUCGGUGAUGGUGUACGCUUUCGUCUACAAAUUUGGUUUAGGCAUGGUACCGAUAGUCAUCACAGCAGAAAUUUUCGCACCAAAAGUAAAAGCUAUGGGGAUGGCCAUCGCAGACGCCAUCUAUGUGUUGGCAGCCAUUUUUUCACUGCAAAUUUAUCAAAUAUUGUUGAGUUCGGUUGGAAUGCACAUUCCGUUUUACGUAUUUUCCGCAUGCUCAUUCUUGACCAACGUGUUUAUAUUCUUCAUUAUUCCUGAAACCAAGGGAAGGAGUUUGGAGGAAAUCCAAAUGAUACUCCAAGGAAAUCUACAAGAAAAAGAUAAGUGUUAGAAGUGAAUAGUAAAUCACUAUGAUCAUUUUAUUUGAACUGUGGCAAUUUUUUUAUUAUAUUAAAGAAUUAGAAAUUAUAAAUUAACUAAUAUUUUCCACACAGUGAAAAUUUUCUUAUUUGUAGUAAUAAGUAUUGCUUUGCAAAUAAAGAAAAAUAGAAUCGAAUCAAUGUUAUCUUAUUUUUUUAUGUUAAUCAAACAUUUACUUCAGAUUUAAUUAAAUAUGACUUCGCAAAUUUUAUAUUUAAGUAUACAUGGUGAUUCACAAGCAAGCAAGCAGCAAAUAUAGUAGAGCACAAAAGUGCAGUAACCUUGUAUAGUAAUGAUAGUGAAGUAAUUUGAGUUUGAAUAUGAAUAGGAAUCACAACACAACAAUCAGGGUCGGUUAUAAAAAUGAUUGAUUUGUUAGGAAAUGUUAUUGGAAGUAAGAAUUCUUACAUUAAGAAUCCAAGAAGAAUGUCAACAAAACCAUAUUUUUUUAAAUGCGGUCUAUCAACUUUUAAUUCUUCAAAACAAGAAUAUAUCAGAUUGCUAUUAAAUUCUAAGAACAAUUAUUUGUAGAUUGUUUGUGCACAAUCUGUCAUGUUGUAAUAACGCUUUUUAGAAUAUAGGUUAUGUUAUUUUCAUAUUUAAUAAAAAAUUAUGUAAUUUUUAGUAAUUUAUCAGUUCUUUUCCAAUGAUGACUUUUCUUCUUUCCUGAGGAUGGUAUAAUAGCUGACACUAAUAGGAAAGAUAAUAGAACAAUUUUAUACAGUGACUUUUAUACUUAAUCAGGAGAGAAAGCGAAGAUGAGUAAAACCCUUGAUAUAUUACGUACGGAGCCUUCAUAAAUGUUUAUAAGUCACGUGACUGCCGAGCUUAGGCAACCCAAGAAUGCACGGUUGGUACUGAUAACAAAAUUUUCCUAAAUCUUGGCUUCACCAAUAUUGACGAUUCGUUUACAAUGAACGCUGACAAACCGUUAUAUUUACGCUCGAGAUAAUGCGGUCGCUGAUUGGUUGAAUAGAUUUUCGUGAAAAACACCAUUCACAGCCGAUGAAACAGAAUAUUGUGUUUUAAUGUAAUCUAAUGAAAUAGCUUGAUGGAAAUAAAAUUACUGUUCCAAACAUAAUU